AUGUCUCAUAGUAAACGCAAAGCGGAUGUUAUUGAACCUGAAGUCGAGAAAGAUGAAUUAACAAAAGAAAAACAUUCAAAAAUUGAUUCAACAACAAAUGAUUUUCUUCGUUUAAAUGAUACAAAUUUUAUUGAAACUGAUUAUCAAAUUGUAUUUCAAACAAUUGCUGAUAAAUUAAUAAAUUCAUAUGAAUUAGUUCUAAAUGAACAACAUUUUUUUCGUUUAUCAGAAAUAGAAUUUUAUUUUUAUCAUCAUAUUCGUCAUCCUGAUACAUUUGCUCAUCGUCAUCCUGAACAACAAUAUCAUUCAAAUUGGUAUUUUCAUCGACAAGGUACAUCACCAACAGCUAGUUAUAAAGCUGGAACUUAUAAAGGUUUAGAUUUAACAUUUAAUUCUUUAAAUGAUUUAUCAUAUGGUGGUAUACUUAUUCGAUCAAUAGAAAAUAAACAAACAGGACAAAUCUAUGAAGGAAGUUGUUUAGUUGUUGAUGGUAUAUUAAAUUUAUGUAAUAGUAAAACAAUAAAUGAACUUGUUGAAAAUAAAUUAAAUAAAAAUUUAAAUAUAUUUAAUAAAAAUUCAUUUAUUUAUUUACGUACAAUAUCAAUAAUAACAAAUCAAAAACUUAUUUCAUCACCACGUGUUGGUUUAACAUUAAAAAAUUCAUCAAUUGAUCGUGAACGUUUUUUAUUUCGUUCAUAUCGUUUUACAUCAAAUAAUUAUUAUCCAACAAAAAUGAAAUUUAUGAUAUUAUUAUCAUUAGCAGGUGAAAAAUUUUUUCAAAAUAAAAAUAAAAAAUUUAUUGAUUAUGCUAAAGAUUUAUCUAUUGAAACAAAUAUACGUUUAUCAACAGUAAUGAAUAAUUUAAAUGAAUUACAAAAUGGUUAUGAUACAAAUAUAUCAAAUAAAACAUCACCAUUAGUUGAUUAUUAUAAAAAAACUUUUAAAACAUCUGAUUUAAUUAAAGCUUAUGGAAUUUGGUUACGAAAUUAUCGAUAG